UUGUUUUUUUUUUUUUUUUCUCUUUCUUUUUUUGCAAAAAAAAAAAUAAAAUAAAUAAAUACAUAUAGGAAAAUAAUGUGAGUGUAAAUAAUGCUGUAUUAUUAAUGAACAAUGUCAAAAUAAAUGUGUUCAAGUAUAAUACUUUUUCUACUAAAUUUAAGUUAGUUUUUUUGCUUUAAAAAAAAAUUUUUUUUCAUAGAUCUUUUCAAAUAAAAUUCACGGUAAAUGAAAUUAAAAAAAAAAAAAAGAAAAUUGAUGAAUAAUUGAAUAUUGUGUCGACACUUGCUCGACAGCUUUCAUCAGUUGUUAAUGGUUAUCUGUCAGUAGAUAUACGUCUGGCUCCAGUGCAUCAAGGAAUGUACUUGAUGCAACUGAAGCGAGAGGUAGACAAUCAUAUAGAGAGCUGCAUAUAUAUAUCAAGAUAAACAGCAUAAAUGAGAGUUGAUAAUAAUCGUAUACUGACAUAGAUUCGUUGUUGGAAAAAAUGCAUCAGAGACAAAAAAAUAAAGGUCCGACAAUACAAAACAAAAGGGUUGUUUAUCGUGUACCAACUAGAGUCAUAUUUCUACCAACAACAAUAUCCUAUCAUUACCUUUAACGUGACUUUAAUUAACUUCUUAGAAAUAAUAUAACGACGACAGAAAAGAAUCAGAUAGUUAUUGUUAAUAUAUAAAAAAAAAAAAACAUUGAAAUAAUUUAAUGAAUAUUAUAUCACUCGACUCUUUACUUUCUAUGUUAUGAUAAUGAUGAUACUUGAACAUCUAAAAUAAACAAAGGGAUCUUAAUUUACCCGAGUGAACACUUUUAUUUUUUUAUUAUUUCACAUUGACUUUGUUCUAUUAUUUUGAAUCACCAGUUUUUCUAUUUUUUUUUUUUCUAUUAUUUUUCAACGAAAAAAAAAAAGGAAACUAAAGAAACAAAAUAAAAAUGACAAGAGUAUCUCGCGAUACCAUAUCAACAAGCCAGUGACAAAAUAACAAAAAAAAAAAAUAUAUAUAUAAAGAACGAUAAAACAAAAAAAAAAAAAUAAAGGACUAAAUAUAUAUACAACUUGGGCAGUUAGUUUUGGCAAGAGAUGUCAGUUGUAUAGUUACAAAUGAGAAUAGAUAAAAAUAUUUUAAAAAAACAAUAUUUUUAAACAAUCUGUAUGAAAAAAAAAAUAAAAAAUAAUAAUAAAAUUAUAAAAAAGAUAAUAAAAGCUUGAAUAAUAGAUGAAAAAAAAAAAAAAACAUAAAAAUAUGAUAAAUAUAAUAGCUGAUUUACACGAUAGAGAAUCAUAAAAAUUUUCCACUUAAAUAUGUUGUGUUUCAAAUGAUUUGUAUGACCAUUGAUUUUUCGAUAUAUACUAGUAUCCGGCCGGUGAUUGCCGGAAGGCUAGCCAAGAGAAGUUCGAUUAUCGAAGUAGAAAAAAAAAAAUCGAAAAGUAAACGGAUGAGUUUGAGUUAACUUGUCCAAUAUUAUCCAUUGAAAUUUAAAUCGUCAAUAAAAAUAAUUUCUUUAAAAAACAACAUUUGAAGGAAAAAAAAAAAAGCUUAAUUUUUCUAGUCGACAAAUAUCAACAGCUUAUUUAUAAAUAAAAAUAAAAAAAAAAAUAUAAAUAAAUAAAUAAACUAUUACUGUAUAUUUUGAAAUGGAAAAUAACAGUUUUAGGAAAAUAGAGGAAAUUUGAGAAGGAUAUCUAUCUAGGGACCAGCCGUUCAGCAUCCCAGCCUAAUGGUACAGUGAAGAGUGUGCCGUCACUUUGAAAAAUCCCAUGAGAUAAACCCUUUUUCCUUUUUCGUGCCUAGCUAAGAAACGAGAGUAGAGUGCUUUUUAAAGAAUUGAAAAAAAAAACAACAUAUCUUGUUUUAUUAUACAUGAACUAUAUGUAUUUUUUUAUUAUUCACAAACUUUUAUUACACCAUUUUGAACCGUAUCCUUUUUUUAACAUCACUUUUGGCUUCAUUCAAAAAUCAUGCACACUCAUUGUCAGCUCGAGGCGUGUAAAUCGAUAUAAAAAAAAAAAAAUAUACAGAUAAUAUUUGACAGAAACACACACACAUACAUUCAACAUACUCAUCCCCCUGAAUUUUCAUGGAUUGUUGUGAUUAGCCAAGUGGACACUGGAGGGAUGAUACGGGUGAAAAAAGUCAUAUAAAAAGUAUAACAAGUAACUGAGAAUCAAGCAAAGCAUACCAGUUCAUCCUAGCAUUUUUAACGUGCCGAAAAAGAUAAAAUGUAAAAGAAAAACAAAAAAAUAAAAAGAGAAAGAAAAAUAGUCUUUCACACUGUAGAGCUUGCGAGUAUAUAUCUAGAUAAAGAAUAUAAAAAAAAUAUAUUCAUACAUAUAUAUAUAGAAGAAGAAAAGGAAGCAGGAAGUGAGCGUAUAUCUAUUUUGGACAAAGGUACAUAUAUACCUGAGUAUGUUGUAGGUAUAAAAAAAAUUGACGAAGAAAAUUGAUGUCAUGUGAAUCGAAAAAGAAAUAAAUAAAUAUAGAUAUAUAGGUAACAUUUACUUUAUAUCACAGCUGAUAAUUGGAAGGCCUGAAAGACGAAAAGAAGACUUUGUAAGAAAAAUAUAAUAUUGAUGGACUUUGAUGAGAGUGGUUGAUAUACGAUUGGAUUGAGAUACACUGACACUACUUUAAUUGCAAAUAUUUUCCAAAGCAGAUAUAUCGAAAAUAAAAAAAGAUGAGAAAUAAAAUACGGGGAUAAUAAAAAGAAGAGAAAACAAAGAGAAACGAAAAAAUAAAAAAAAAAAGAGAUUUAUACUCGAGGGAAAUCCGUGCGUUUUUGUCAUUCAACUUGUCCAUUUAAAUCGGCUUUUUUUAUUUAUAUAUAUAUUUAUUUUUUCCAUGUUUUUUCAUUAAUUUUAUUUCAUCAUUUGAUUUACUAUUUAAUAUAUAUUUAUAAAUACGAAUCAUUGGGUAAUAUAUAUUAUGACACACACCUAGAUAUAUUGGUGUGGCUUUAAAUUGGAUUUGAUGAUAAUACAACGCAACGACCUCAGCUGACACGACUGAUGACCUCUUUGUUGGGGUCAAGGCAAUCCACGUGGCUUUUUCAACUUCCAAAGAAAAAAGAAAAUCAAGAAAAAUUCAAAAUAAAGAGAAAAAAAAAACGAAGAAGAAAAAAAGAAAAAUCAAAAAAAAAAUAAUAAUAUUUAAAAAAUCGAAGAGAUUGGGGAAGUUUAAUUUAGAAUCAGAGCACACGAGAUAGAUAGAAGGAAAAAAAAAAAAAAUAUAAAUAUAAAUCCAAGACGAGAUGCUUCGGGCAGUGUUAAGAUAGUGUAUAGAUAAAAAUAGAUAUUUUUUUUUGUUUGUUUUUGUUUAAUGGUAAAUUAAAAAAAAAAAAAAAUCAAAAGAUAAAAAAGGAGUACAACGACGAGUGUAAAAUGAUCAAGUAUUGGACAUUGAUACAAAUACUUUUAAAUAUAUUUUUAAGUUUUAAAAAUAGUGGUGUAUUAUCAAAACAACCAUCAGGACGUGAAACAAUAUUAAUACCAGGUGAUUUAGUCCUUGGUGGAUUAUUUCCAAUUCAUGAAAAAGGAGGUGUUACAUGUGGUCCAAGAAUUUAUAAUCGUGGUGUACAAAGACUUGAAGCAAUGUUAUUUGCAAUUGAUCAAAUUAAUCGUGACAAAAAUAUAUUACCAGGUAUAUCACUUGGUGUUCAUAUACUUGAUACAUGUAGUCGUGAUACAUAUGCACUUAAUCAAAGUCUACAUUUUGUACGUGCAUCAUUGUCAAAUUUGGAUAUAAGUAUAUUAGAGUGCACUGAUGGAUCUACACCACGUGUACGAAAAACAGCAAGUGCUGGACCAAUAUUUGGUGUCAUUGGUGGCUCAUAUUCAUCUGUAUCACUUCAGGUUGCCAAUCUCUUGAGACUUUUUCAUAUACCUCAAAUAUCACCAGCAUCAACAGCAAAAGCACUGAGUGACAAAACACGAUUUGACUAUUUUGCAAGAACUGUACCACCUGACACGUAUCAAUCAAUUGCACUUGUAGAUGUUGUCAAAAGUGCCAAUUGGUCAUAUGUAUCAACGGUAUAUUCAGAGGGUUCCUACGGCGAAUACGGAAUUGAGGUAUUUACGCGAGAAGCAACGGAGCGAAAUGUGUGCAUUGCAGCAGCUGAAAAAGUACCAAGUUCAGCAGAUGAUAAAGUAUUUGAUAGUAUAAUUCAAAAAUUAUCAAAAAAACCAAAUGCUCGUGCUGUUGUAUUAUUUACACGUGCUGAAGAUGCAAGAAGAAUAUUAGAAGCAUCAAGACGUUCAAAUUUAACACAACCAUUUCAAUGGAUUGCAAGUGAUGGUUGGGGUAGACAAAAUAAACUUGUUGAAGGACUUGAAGAUGAAGCUGAAGGUGCAAUAACUGUUGAAUUACAAUCAAAAAAUAUACCUGGUUUUGAUGAAUAUAUGGCUAAUUUAAGACCCGAUACAAAUCGUAGAAAUCCAUGGUUUUCGGAAUAUUGGGAAGAAGUAUUUUCUUGUACAUUAAAAGAAAAUUUUCCCUUAACAACAAAUAAAACAAUAACUGUUUGUUCAUCAAGAUUAAAAUUAACAUCAUCAAGUGGUUAUGAACAAGAAUCAAAAGUACAAUUUGUUGUUGAUGCUGUUUAUGCAUUUGCAAUUGCAUUGGACAAUCUUCAACGUGAUAUUUGUGGUAAAAGUGGUGCACUUUGCCAAGCAAUGAUUGAUUAUGAUAAGGGAUUAUUUUACAAGAAAUAUCUACUUGAUGUGUCUUUUACAGAUUUAGCUGGAAGUGAGGUUCAAUUUGACAAACAUGGAGAUGGUUUAGCUCGCUAUGAAAUUCUCAACUUUCGUAAAACUAAUCAGAGUGGAACAAAUGGAUACUACUACAACGUUGUUGGAAAAUGGCACAAUAAAUUAGACUUUCAUACAGAUCAAUUGGUGUGGGCAAAAGGUGCUGAUAAUAUACCUUCACAAUGUUCAUUGCCCUGUGAACCAGGUAUGAUACGUAAGCAACAGGGAGACACCUGUUGCUGGGUUUGUGAUCGUUGUGAAGAAUACGAAUAUGUAUAUGAUGAAAAUACAUGUAAAAGUUGUGAACCAGGUCAUUGGCCACACAGUGAUAAACGUGGUUGUUAUGCAUUACCAGUUAAUCAUAUUAGAUGGAGUAGUGCAUUUGCAAUUGGACCAGCAAUAAUAUCAUGUCUUGGUAUUAUUGUUACAAUGGCUGUUGCUGGUCUUAUGUUUUAUCAUAAAAAUACACCAGUUGUUAGAGCAUCUGGACGUGAAUUAACAAUAAUAUUACUUGCUGGUGUACUUGUUUGUUAUUUAAAUACAUUUUUAUUAUUAGCAAGACCAACAACAGUAACAUGUGUACUUCAAAGAUUUGGUGUUGGUGUUAGUUUUAGUGCUGUUUAUGGAGCACUUCUUACUAAAACUAAUAGAAUUGCAAGAAUUUUUGAUUCAGCAUCAAAAUCAGCAGUAAGACCAAGCUAUAUAAGUCCAACAUCACAAGUUUGUAUAGCAUCAGCUUUAAUUGCAUUUCAAGUUGUUUUAACAUUAGUAUGGAUGAUUGUUGAACCACCAGGAACACGACAUUAUUAUCCAAAUCGUCGUGAAGUUAUAUUAAAAUGCAAUAUACAAGAUAUGAGUUUUUUAUUUUCACAACUUUAUAAUGCAUUUUUAAUACUUGUAUCAACAAUAUAUGCUGUUAAAACACGUAAAAUACCAGAAAAUUUUAAUGAAAGUAAAUUUAUUGGUUUUACAAUGUAUACAACUUGUAUAAUAUGGCUUGCAUUUGUACCAAUAUAUUUUGGUACUGGUAAUUCACAUGAUAUACAAAUAACAACACUAUGUGUUGCAAUAAGUUUAAGUGCAUCAGUGACACUUGUAUGUUUAUAUUCACCAAAAGUAUAUAUUAUUGUAUUUCAACCAGAUAAAAAUAUACGUGGUAAAGUUACAAUGGGUGGUAGUACAUUUAAAAAACAAAGUAGUAGUGCUGGAACAUCAUCAGUUGCAAAAUAUGGUGGUUGUGAGAUGAGCAGUGAACAUGUACCAUUGCGAAGUGCACUAUGUGCUGUUGUACAGACUUCAAUGGGAGUUACAGAAAUUUCAAUAGCAUCAAACAAUUCAAAUCAGAAUGAUGAACAAGUUGCACAAUUAUAGAUUGAUAUUAAUAUUAAUUGUGAAAUAUUUUCUAUCAAUAAUUUUAAGUGCUCAAAAUACAUCAACAUGGUUAAAUUAAUUAUAUACAAACUAUUGAUUAAUUCAAGAAAGAAAAAUACUAUUAAAAAUCUAAUGGUUUCAAAUGGCUUCCGAAUAUGUGUGAGACUUGGAUAGAAAAAAAAAAAAACACUUUCAGUUUUUCAUUAAUCAAAUGGAGAGUGAAUUUGUAUAAGUGUAUUAUUUAUAUAUAAAAAAAACGUAACAACAUGUGAGCGUGAUACCUUCAUAUUGGCAUGUUUAUCAUAUAGAGUUUAUAUAAAAAAAAAAAUAAAAUAAGGUAUAAACAAAACAGCCUUCUAAAGGUUGUUGUUGUUAAAUUUCCAUAUAUGUAUAUGUGUUGUUAUCAUCGCUCUUUUUCAUACUAGCUCGACCACCUCAUUUUUUUAUUUUUUCAUUGUUGUCGUUGCUUGAUUGUUAAUGUUGAUCACUGUAAUAUUUUGUCGUUUUAAGUAAUGGAACAUAACACAAUUGAAAGAUAAAAAAAAUAAAUAUAAAAACUAUGUACACAUGAUACAUAUAGACUGCACUCGCGCACGAAGCCUAAAAGGCUUUUACAUUCUAAUGUGGCUGUUUGUAAUGAUAAAUAAUAAUAUAGUAAUGUUUAACUCACGAAUUCGAUCAAUUGCCCAGAGCCUAUUUGUAUAGUAAUCAAUAAAAUAUAUUAUAUAUUGUUACGAUGUCGAACGAACAAAUUUACGGUCUAUAUAUUAAUAUUAUUUAAUUAUUAUUAUUAAAUUGAUAAAUAUUUUUUAUUUAUUUGAUAUAAAUGUAUUUGAUAUUGUACAAGAUAUAUAUUAUGCCAAAAUGAUAUUGGUUGAUUGUUGUUUGUCAUGAUAAUUAAUCUAGUACGUCAAUUUGUUCGUGCCUCAUCGAUUUACAUACUAAAAAAUAAAAAAAUAAAUAAUGUAGACUAAUUAUAUAUGCAAAAAGAAAAAAAAAUAAUAUAAAUAUCAUUAUAGUUGUUAAGAGAAAGAGAAAAAAAAAAUAUUGAAACCUUAUUUACUAUUUUUGAAGAAUAUCUCCGAUGGAGCUGGAAGUGAAUGAUGUAUGAAAUUAAAAAAAAAAAAAAAUAUCAUUAUUAUUAAA